GCCAGGCGGAGCUGUGGAGUGACCUCGGGGCGUUGGAGGAGGAUGAGGAGCUGGAGGGGUUCAGGCGGGAGGCGGCGGCACUGCGUGAGAAGCUGAGGGAGGCUCUUAGUCAUACAUCUGGUAACAAAAGGCAUUCCAGUUCUUUGACCGACCUCACCUUGGACAGUACCUGGGAUCAGCAAAAGCCUCACUUGUUUCCCAAGUCCCGCUUGAGGCCAAAAAGUGCUUCAUCUCCCUGGAUUCCUUCCAUCACCAUCCCUCAGCCUUUUGAAAUGACGCUGCGGGAAGCUCGCAAGAAGUCCCAGCUGAUGAAUGCAUACAUGUUUCUUGAACUAGACAAACAGAGAGACAGAAGGCAAAGCCAGGAUGAAGUUGAAUGUCAGAAACAAUUCCGGGCACAGCCUGUACCUGCCCAUGUGUUUCUGCCCCUUUAUCAGGAAAUAAUGGAGCAGAAUGAGAUUCGCAGGCAAACAGCAACACAGAAAAGAAAAGAGCUGCUACUCUCAACACAGCGGCCCUUCAGCUUCCUGGAGAAGGAGGAGAAAAAAAAAGAAGCUAUCAGACAAAAAUUCUUGGCAGCAUCAACCUCAAAUGAGAGCUCCAAGAAGAAGCAAGGCAGUAAAAAAGUUCCUAAAUCCACUUACGACCCUCUUCUUGGAGAUAAACUCAAAGAAGCUGAACUCUACAGAGAAAUUCGCAUUCAGAUGAGAGCAAAGGAUCUGCUUGAGAGCUCCACAGCUCCUAUAGAUACCAGCAACUGCCGGAGGGAGCCUCAGUCCCGAACUGCUGCCAGAACUAAGCAGGAAAGACUUGGCUUCUUGCAGGACAAAAGUUUCAGCUUCAAGCCAAGGAUUAAUCCAACAAUACCAGAUUUUGAAGAACUUUACUGGGCAUUUCAGAGGGAAGCAGCAAGGAGGCAAGAAAUCAAAGAGCCAACUCGUAAUAAGCCGUUCAAGCUGAGAACCUCCAAUCUCUGUGCCAGGCAGAGGCAGGCUAAUGAAAAGAUAAAGGAUUCUCAGAAGCUUUCCAAGGUUUCAGUGCAAAAAAGUCAUUCUCUGACCGGACUUUCCUCUCUCUCUUCCAACACCCUUCCAGUGCAUAUUACAGAUGCAACUAGAAAAAGGGAAUCUGCUAUUAGGUACUCCCAAGAUAGCAAAAAGGAAGGGGACAAAGAAGGAAUUAAUUGGCUGGAGAAACAGAAAAAGAAAUGUCAAGCUAUGCAAAAGUCAGUGAACAGCCGAGCAAAAGCACUGGAUCCUCAUCAAAGUCUAGAGGAAACACACAAGGAGAAGUUGAAACAGAACCGGCAAAAUAUGAGAGAGAGAACAAAAGAAUACAAAAAGGAGCUGGAAGAAAUGCAGCUGCGAGUCAAGAACAGGCCAUACCUCUUCGAACAGGUCACCAAGCAUGAUGCUCGUCAAGGAGCAGAGCGUCGCUACAGACACACCCUCCAGCAGGUUGGCCUAAGCGAAGGAUUUGUAAUGAAAAAAGGGAAAGAUGCCACUGACUUGCUGGAAGAAGAAUCUGAAGUUCACAGACUGCCCGAGCCUCGGGGUGAAAAGGAUGACUGUACUGUACAGGAAGAAGUACCUCAAGAGGAACAGAGCAAAAAGGAAAUGGCAACAUAA